UGGUUGUCCUCAUGUUUUUCAAAUUUGGUUCUAUGAGUGUUGUAAGUACAUGAAAGGUAAGUAUUGCAAAAAGGAAAACUCUCGUAUUCCAAGGAUCAUUCAGUGGACAUGCAAUAGUCAGCCUACUUUCAAAGUUUUGAAGACUACUAUUUUUUAUGUUUCCAAAGAUAAGGUAUAUCUGCUAGUUGUAAUUUGGUUUUUUAGUAGUUGUUUUUAUGUUGUUUUUCAUUAUUAAUAAUCUUCAUAAUUGAAAUUUUCAUUUUGUUGGUUUUUGAUCAGCUGGAACUAUCAAAUAUGAGGCCCACUGCUGCUGAGUUCAAAGCUUUGAAAUUGAGCAGUUUCAAGUUUGACACUAACUACAAUUCUUACAAGAGUGUUCCUGUUCCCGAAGAGCUUUCUGUUGCUCAGAGUGACAUUUUUGUCAAGCUUGAUGCUUUUUCUGAGAAAUUUGAUAGUUUGGAGGUGAAGAUCGAUUUGCUGCAUACUUCCCAACAGAAGAUUUCAUCUGAUUUGAUUGAGUUGAAAGAGUUUGUGUCUGCACAGUUUGUUUCUUUUGGUGCUCAGAUGGCUUCAAUGCAGACACAGUUUUCUACUGUUUUUGUCGAUUCUUAUGCUAAGGACAAAGGCAGUGACUCUUCCAAUGAUGAUGGUGGAAGUGGUAAUGAAGAAGAUUUUGAUUUAGAUGAAUCUAAAGAAACUGAUGACAAUGAAGAAGAGAAUGUUAUGGGUGAUGAAGAAGGUGAGGGUAGUGAAGGUGAAGAGAAGGAUGGUCAAGCUGAUGAAGAUUCUGAGUCAAAAGAAAAAAAUGAUAAGGGCAGUGAUGAUGAAUGCACUGAUAGUGAGGAGAAGGUAGAUAAGUAGACAAUGUAA